CAAUCCAACAUAAUGUGUGGCUCACACUUACAUACCAAAAACCAAAAACCAAAAACUUCUACUCAAAACUAGGCAAAUGCACAACAUAUACACAGAACAAUGAACAUAUAAUCCAUAAUCUCUACACAAAGCUUUACAAAAGCUUCACAGGUUGCCAAUGGCCACUUCUACUACAACGGUCAUCUCGCGCCUCACAGUUGUAUUACCCACCAAUUCUUCCACACGAAUUCCCAUCAAAACCUCUAACUUCCCUUCAUCAUCUAAACUAAAUGGCCAUUGCCCACCUCGAAUUUCCUCUCUUAAAACUAAUCGAAGGCUUAGACUUCUCUGUCAGGCUGCUAGUGCCCCUUCUAAAGACGCUGCCGCGCUUGAAUUAGCCGCUAAAGUGGGUCAAGAUCGUCUCUUAAAGGUCCCAGUUUCAAACAUCAGAAACUUCAGCAUCAUUGCACAUAUUGAUCAUGGCAAAUCAACUUUGGCCGACAAAUUGCUAGAGAUGACUGGUACCGUUCAAAAGCGUGAAAUGAAGGAGCAAUUUCUUGAUAACAUGGACUUGGAGAGAGAAAGAGGAAUCACUAUAAAACUGCAGGCAGCACGCAUGCGUUAUAUCCAUAAAAAUGAACCAUAUUGUCUAAAUCUUAUUGAUACACCUGGGCAUGUUGACUUCUCUUAUGAGGUUUCUCGCUCUCUUGCUGCAUGUGAAGGUGCUUUACUUGUUGUUGAUGCUUCACAGGGAGUGGAAGCUCAAACAUUAGCCAAUGUUUAUUUGGCACUGGAGAACAACUUAGAAGUGAUCCCUGUUCUCAACAAAAUAGAUUUGCCUGGUGCUGAUCCUGAUCGUGUUGCAAAGGAGAUUGAGGAGGUAAUCGGACUGGAUUGUAGCAAUGCAAUUCUCUGUUCUGCAAAGGAGGGCAUUGGCAUAAUUGAAAUUCUUGAUGCUAUUGUUGAAAAGAUUCCUCCACCUAGUGAUACUUCUUCAAAGGCCUUAAGGGCUCUAAUAUUUGAUAGCUACUACGAUCCAUAUAGGGGAGUGAUUGCAUAUUUCCGUGUAAUUGAUGGGACAUUAAAGAAGGGUGAUCGAAUUCAUUUCAUGGCUAGUGGAAAGGAUUACUUUGCUGAUGAAAUUGGAGUUCUUUCUCCUAAUCAGCUGCAAGUCGAUGAAUUAUAUGCUGGUGAGGUCGGUUAUCUCUCAGCCUCAAUAAGAUCAGUUGCUGAUGCUAGAGUUGGGGACACCAUUACGCAUCACGGAAAGAAGGCAGAGGAACCACUUCCAGGAUAUCAAGAGGCAACUCCUAUGGUCUUCUGUGGUUUAUUUCCAGUUGAUGCAGAUCAGUUUCCUGAAUUACGUGAUGCCUUGGAAAAGUUGCAGCUUAAUGACGCUGCCCUAAAGUUUGAACCAGAGACUUCAUCAGCAAUGGGUUUUGGGUUUAGAUGUGGAUUUUUGGGUCUGCUCCACAUGGAAAUUAUUCAGGAAAGACUAGAACGAGAGUACAAUUUGUCUCUAAUAACUACUGCCCCAAGUGUUGUAUAUCGAGUAAAUUGCUCAGAUGGUGAAAUGGUUGAAUGCUCAAAUCCUUCUUUACUUCCGGAACCUGGAAAAAGGAAGUCCAUUGAAGAGCCAUAUGUCAAGAUUGAAUUGCUUACGCCGAAGGACUAUAUUGGUUCAUUGAUGGAGUUGGCUCAAGAUAGAAGGGCCGUGUUUAAAGAAAUGAAAUUCAUCACUGAAAAUAGAGCAUCAUUAAGCUACGAAAUGCCAUUGGCAGAGAUGGUGGGUGACUUUUUUGAUCAGCUCAAGUCCAGGAGUAAGGGCUAUGGAAGCAUGGAGUACACCUUCUUCGAGUAUCGAGAAAGUGACUUAGUCAAGCUUGAUAUUCAAAUAAAUGGCGAUCGUGUGGAUCCAUUGUCUACUAUUGUCCACAAGGAUAAGGCAUAUGGUGUGGGGCGGGCCUUAACACAAAAGCUGAAGGAGCUUAUACCAAGGCAGAUGUUUAAAGUGCCUAUUCAGGCAUGCAUCGGCUCAAAAGUUAUCGCAAGUGAAGCAAUUUCUGCUAUCAGGAAGGAUGUUCUAGCAAAGUGUUAUGGUGGGGACAUAUCCAGGAAAAAGAAAUUGCUUAAAAAACAGGCUGAAGGUAAAAAGAGAAUGAAGGCAAUUGGUAAAGUGGAUGUACCACAAGAAGCAUUCAUGGCCGUGUUGAAGCUUGAAAAGGAGGUAGUAUGAACCAGAUUGUAUAGAAUUUUUGAUUUUGAAAUCCAUUUUCUUUUUGUAGAUUUAAUUGUUUGUACUAUAAAACAUGUAAUUCUAGUUAGGUUUUUGUCAAGCUUAAUAUAAUUCCCUUCCUUGUAAUCAAAUAACAAAACCAAGUUUACUCAAGAAAAAAGCUUCAACUUCUA